CUGCGCAUGCGCGAUGAUGCCACCCUGCACCCGGAAGUGUAUGUGCGCGCGGCAUCCGUGGAGGGAGUUUAAAAUAUCUUUAUACUUUUUAUAAUAGAUUUUAGUUUAAAUAUUUUCUCUCGUGUUUAUCUUCAAGGGACGUGUCUUUUUGACCAAACCGCUGACGUCAUAUUGUCGACGAGUUUAACGGUCCGUUUCAAGCGACCUUCAGUAGCAGAGGAAAGAUGUCCGUGUCAGGAGAACCGUGUGUGCGGACCGCUCCAGAACCCUUCCGGAUCACACCGGUUCAGACCACAGACCUGCUCUGCUCUGAUUUGGACCUGUCUGUCACUCUCACCCCUGAGCGACCCGCAGACAGACGCCAUCGACAGGUGCGUUUCAAUGUAAGUUCCCAGCGCAGCGCUCACUCAGAGUCUGAUCCAGUGGUCGUCACGGUGAUCCCAGAACCCAGAAACAACCAAUCAGCAACUGGAAAUCCUCAAAACGAAGAGACCAACGGUCACCAAUCAGGUCCAGGGCGAGGUCACGUGACAGGUGGACCAUCUGUAGUGAGUGAUGGACAGCUGACAGAGGGGGCGGAGCUGAACACAACCCUUGCGCUGAGGGCGGAGCUUCGUGAAAUAGAGGAGCAGGUGUUUGACCGUGAGAAAGCGCUUAAGGAGAAAUUACAAAGCUCCUCCCUCACAAAGAACCACAUCAGCACCAGAGCAACAGACGCACUAAACUUCCCACCCUCUCAGCACCUGUAUCGGGCUUUAGUCAGUGUCAGCCUAUCACACGAGCAGCUCAUCAGCCAUGCGUUACGGGAUAGGGCAACACUGGCCCCGCCCACCAGCUCCCAAACCACUAAGUUCUCCUCUCAGCCACUAGAGGCGCCAGGAUUACAGCCGUUCUACAAUCUUGACAAGCUGCUCAGAGAGACUCCACUGUUGCCAGGCAACCACAUCCCUUUACCCCGCCCACGACCUGCUCCGAGACCCGCCCACACCACCUUUCACCUACAUCAUCGACACAAACUCUGGGAGUCAUGAACUUACGUGUGUGUUGUGAGGAUUUAAUGUGUUCUUUUACCCGAGUGUCAUUUAAUAUCAAUAAAUAUGAGACAUUAUUUCA